CGAGUAUCUGAAAGCACCUCCGUCAACAGACACCAUGAACACCUUUGCCUCUCUCGUGCCCUGUGUCGUCCUGCUUGCCGCCAGCUGCCAGGCGGGCUACUUGGCCCCACACGUCUACCACGCUGCCGCCGGUCACGUCCCCGUAGCCACCACGGUGGUGCGUCAGCCGGUGGUGGAGCACCACAGCGAGCUGGCCUUUGUGCCACCCCACGCCCACGGGUACAGCAUCAGUCAGCAGAAGCUCGUCCACCCUAAGACCACAGUCACCAAGCACGACCCUUUCUUCGGCGCCUACCACCUGGCCGAGGUGCACCUCGCUCCAGUAGUGACCGGUUCUCACAGUUCCGUGCACCAGAGCCGAGGUGGGCACUUUGUGCACCGCCCAGUCGGAACUGUCGUCUACUAGGCCCUCCUCAGCCCCGGAAUUCCAUAUUGCUUACCCCAAUGAGUGAAACUGAGAGCAAAAUAAAUGCGUACCCCUCCUGCUGGGCAGGAGUUACGUUCCAAUAUGA